AUGCUUUCGCCCAACGCACUGCGCAUUCUCGAUGCAGUGGAUAUCUACAAGUCAAUCAAGCCUCUUGGCUUCGAGUUUACAAGUCUUCACUUCUACACCGACCAGCCGCUGGACUCGUACGAAUUCGGAGACCAUCAGAAGUACGGGUACGAUGCCUUGCGCAUCUACCGCUACGAAUUGAUCGACGCCCUUGUAUCAACCGUCAAAGAGAAGCAAAUACCUGUCGAAUAUGGCAAGAAAUUGGUCAAAGUACUCUCCGAGACCGAGACAAGCGUCACAUGGGAAUUCGAAGACGGCACAACCAGCCAUGCAGCUUGUCUCGUCGGAGCAGACGGUAUCCACUCGCGAGCGUCAGCCGCCGUUCCAACAAAGCAGCUUGUCAUUCCGGAGCCGUACGAUCUGCCCUUGACGAUCAUGAACCCGAAGCAUGGCGCCUUCGUCAUCGCUCCACAACUCAUAGAAGGUUCGGAGGUUCUAAUCGGCAAACAGAAGCGCGCCGGUGACCUCGAUCGCGAUGGAUGGAACAAGCUGUUGAAUGAUAAGCAAUGGUGUGUGCAUUUCCUGCGCGACGGAGCGGAGGAUUUCCCUGAAAUCGUGCAGACAGCGGUAUUAAACAUCCCGUUGAACAAGAUUAAUCUUUGGCCAUUCUAUGUCGUGCCGAAGCUUGACACAUGGACUUCCAAGCAUUCGCGUGUCGCCUUUGAGGAUGUUUACACGUAUGCUUUGAUUCUCGCGAAGUGCCGGGAGAAGACCCUUGAGCAUGGGCUUAAAAUCUGGCAGCAGGAGAGACAAGGGCGUGUCGAUCGGGUGUUGGAGCUCAAUGCGCAGAUUGAUGCGCGAAGGCUGCCGAGAGGAUCGACGCAGGUGGUCCCAGAGUUAGAGGUUAAGCCUUUUGAUCUGGAGUGGCUGUAUGCUCCUAGCUUUGAACAAAUGGUCGAUGGGUGGUUGGAGCAGGACUUCACCGCUUAG